UUUAAUAAAAUGAUUCCAAAUCAGAAUUACGAGGUCCAUAAAAUUGUUGGAAAGAAGAAGUAUGAAAUUCUUGUUAAGGUCUUGGGAUAAGGUCAAUAUGCUAAGACUUAUUUGGCUAGGAACAUACAAACUUAGCAAUACCUGGCUUGCAAAGUUUUUAUCAUUUCUUAACAAUUAGGUAAUUUCCAAAGAAUAAAUUGUUCAUCAACUCAAUCAAAUUGAAAAUAGGGAGGUGGCAGAAAGAAAAAAACAAAAAAUAACAGAAAGACUAUAGAAUGAAGUUGAUAAUACAAGCAAAAUGUGUAAAUUGAUAUUUAUUAUUUUAUAUAGCACAUCCUCAUAUAGUAAAAUUUGAAGAUUUAGUCGAGAGUCCGAACAAUAUCUACUUUUUUAUGGAAUACUGCUCAGGUGGAACCUUGGAAAAGCUAAUUCAAUAAAGAAAAAGACUGAGCCAGGCUGAUGCCCUGCCUUACUUUAAAUAAUUAGCUUUAGGUAUAAUAGAUGCCUUAUAAAAUAGGUUGUGGAUAUCUAUACGAAAAAAAUGUCAUUCACAGAGACUUAAAACCAUCGAAUGUCCUGCUCCAAGACAAUGUCAUUAAAAUUGCUGAUUUUGGCUUAUCUAAGGCCAUGGAGGAACAGAUCAAGGAAAUAGCAAACGACAACACUCCUUGGAUAGGAACUCCUUUGUAUAUGAGUCCUCAGGUACAAUAUCCACACUAUGUUUAGGUCAUAGGACAAGAGUAGUAUUCAAUAAAGUCUGAUGUUUGGUCGCUUGGAUGCAUAUUUUAUGAAAUGCUUUGCGGGAGAACUCCUUAUUAUCAUGAACAAGUGCAAUUCUUACAAAUAAUGAUCUAAACAGAUAACGUUUAGUUCCCGAGUGAUGUUUAAAUAUCAGAAAACAUGAAGAAAUUGAUAACGAGCAUGCUUGCUAAAACAGAGAAUGAUAGAAUCAGUAUUGUAUAAGUAAUUGAAUUCUUGGAAAAGGUUUGAACUAAAUGAAUAUUAUUGCAAAAAACC